UCCUGCAGCCCUCUGUCUCCAGUACGAGACUGGAACACGCAACCACAGGGGUCCAUAGGCGAUGAACGGUGAAGAUCUGGAUAAACUGUUCACUAACAAUGAACCGCGAAAACAUGGGAUAACAAGGCAAAACAAAUUAUAAUUUAUCCUCGAUUCGGGAUAGGAACAAGAUAAAAUGAAUUUGUUGUGGGGAAACAAUCAUUCUUUCUUUUCUCUCAUUUUAUGCCAUUCUCCUUGGAGGCUGAGCUGGUAUAAAGAUCUAGGAACAGCUGGAGCCGGUGAUCAUGGAACAGGGAUGUUGUCAUCUGAGUAAACGAAGUUAAUCGAUUAUGGAAUAUAUGGAAAAAUCUUGACUUGAAUAAGACAAUGGAAAGUAAGUAGUUGGAGAGCCGUUAUCACUUUCUCAUCACACGGGAGUUCUAUAUCCAGAAGAUCAUCCGCUCAGGAGAUGUCAUAUUUUAUUCUGGAAUAAUGCAGAAGAGGCGAGACCGUCAUCAAAUAUGAUUCGUGUCUGACACAUUCGCAGGUUUGAGUGAUAAGCCUAUUGCUAUUGUUGACUAUUAAAUAUAUUGUCACUGCGAAUCGGUAAAGAGGUGAUAACACUUCAAUUGUCCGUUUUUGAACUGGUUUAACAUACCAUUAAUAUGAAUGGUAUUUUUCUAUAGUAGUUUCUCUAGGUACAUUCAGAUUUUUUCCCUGUCAGAUACUGUAUGAUAGACGAGAAAUAACGAGCCCUGUAGACUACUGGUGACAUCACCCCAGUCAGAUCUACUGCUGUACAGUAAAUAUCAACAAUGGUAGAGCCUGUGGGAUUUAUUGAAGCAUGGAAAGCGCAGUUCCCCGAGUCGGACCCCCCAAAGAUGGAGCUCAGGUCGGUGGGGGGCAUCGAACAGGAGCUGGAGAAGUGCAAAGCCUCCAUCCGGCGGCUAGAGCUGGAGGUGAACAAGGAGCGCUUCCGUAUGAUCUACCUGCAGACGCUGCUGGCCAAGGAGAGGAAGAGUUAUGACCGCCAGCGCUGGGGUUUCAGGAAGGCCCAGGUGAACGAGGUAGGGGACCAGGCAGGGCUGGGUGCUGAGUCUCAGCAGCCACACGUGCAGGAACAGGGGGAGCGGAGCCGGUUCCAACCGGUGGGGGAGGCUAGGUCCAAACCUAGACCCCCUCCAGCCCGGAAGUCAGCCUCCCACGGAGACGGGCUGGAGCUCCAGUCUGCCUUCGAGGUACCCCAGCAGGUAGAGCCCUGUGAGACAGACGGCCUCUCACCCUCCAAACAGAAAGGAGGUAUAUCCCCUCGCCGCCAAAACCCACCCCCAAACAAGGACCUACUGUCUGACCCCAAUGACAAGCUUGGCAUGGGACUGGGGGUGGCAGCGCUGAGGUCUAACUUUGAGAGGAUCAAGCGGGCAAACUCUCACUCUGCCGGGGAUGGAGGGAAGAGCCAGGAGAAGCAGCAGCCCUUCUACACCAACAUGGACUUCCACCAUGACAGGGGCCUGGUCAGGGUCAACGACCGAGACGUCUCUGACAAGAUCAGCACCCUGGGCAGCCAGGCCAUGCAGAUGGAGCGCAAGAGAUCUCUGCACUCCCUGCCAGGCAACUUGGCCACUGUGGCAGGUGAGCUCCGCACUCGGCCUGUCUACAGGGGGCGCUCUACAGAGAGCACCUGUGGGUACGAUGCUGAAUACGAGGAUGGGGACCCCAACCCACGCCACCCCAAGGCCAACGGGGGCAAACAGCCCCCUCCACCCCCAUGGCAACCCUCUGACUUCCAGCCAUACACCAGUGUCUACGUGGGUGGGGUGAUGAUGGGCGAGGGUGGGGGGGAUGGAAGAGGGGGCGUCAUCAUGAGGGACCACAUCGGAGAAGAGCACCACCUGACCUGGCCCCGGCGCUCCUACUCUCCCGGGAGCUUUGAGGACGUGGGGGGCGGAGGCGGCGGCUACACACCAGACUGUAGUUCCAAUGAGAACCUAACAUCCAGUGAGGAGGACUUCUCGUCUGGCCAGUCCAGCCACGUGUCACCCAGUCCCACCACUGCCUACCGCCGGCCCUUCAGGGAGAAGAGCCGCUCACCCUCGCAGAACUCCCAGAACUCCCAGCAUUCGUUUGACAGCAGCAGUCCCCCCACGCCACAGUCCCAGAAGCGCCACCACCAGCAGGGCCACGUGGUCAUGUCCGAAGCUACCAUUGUGAGCGUCCGCAAGACUGGCCAGAUCUGGCCCCCACUCGAUCCGAACUCCACACCGGCCAGCAGAGCCUCCCAUGACAACAGUUUCCAUGGAGACCUGGAUGGUCCAUUCACGGGGACCCCUCCCACUUACGGGUACGAUGCGGACCGUGCGGAAGAGCAGAGGCGCCACCAUGACAUCCUGCCCUACAUCGACGAUUCGCCCUCCUCUUCGCCACACCUCAGCUCCAAGAGCCGUAGCAGCCGAGACACCCUCUCCUCCGGAUCCCUUGAGUCCUCCAAGUCGACGGAGUUGGACCUAGAGAAAGGCCUGGAGAUGAGGAAGUGGGUUCUGUCUGGGAUCCUAGCCAGCGAGGAGACCUACCUAAGCCACCUGGAGGCACUGCUACUGCCUAUGAAGCCUCUGAAGGCAGCAGCCACCACGUCCCAGCCCGUGCUGACCAUCCCCCAGAUCGAGACCAUCUUCUUCAAAGUACCCGAGCUCUACGAGGUCCACAAGGAGUUCUACGACGGCCUGCUCCCCCGGGUGCAGCAGUGGAGCCACCACCAGCGCGUGGGGGACCUCUUCCAGAAACAGGCCAGCCAGCUGGGAGUUUACCGGGCCUUUGUGGACAACUACGAGGUUGCUGUGGAGACGGCUGAGAAGUGCUGUCAGGCCAACACGCAGUUCGCUGAAAUCUCUGAGAACCUCAAGGUGAGGAGCACCAAGGACGUGAAGGACCAGUCAGCCAAGAACUCUCUGGAGACUCUCCUGUACAAACCAGUGGACAGAGUUACUCGUAGCACCCUGGUACUGCAUGACCUGCUGAAGCACACGCCCUCCAGCCACCCAGACCACCCCCUGCUCCAGGACGCACUCCGCAUCUCCCAGAACUUCCUGUCCAGCAUCAACGAGGAGACCACGCCCAGACGCCAGUCCAUGACUGUCAAGAAGGGAGAGAACCGCCAGCUGCUGAAGGACAGCUUCAUGGUGGAGCUGGUGGAGGGAACCAGGAAGCUCCGCCAUGUUUUCCUCUUCACCGACCUGCUGCUCUGCGCCAAGCUCAAGAAACAGAUCGGAGGGAAGAGUCAGCAGUAUGAUUCCAAGUGGUACAUCCCUCUGUCAGACCUAACCUUCCAGAACGCAGAUGAGUCUGAGCCUCUGCCCAUCCCCCAGGUGCCUGACGAGGAGCUGGACGCCAUGAAGGUCAAGAUCUCCCACAUCAAGAGUGAGAUCCAGAGAGAGAAGCGAGCCAACAAAGGGUCGAAGGUGAUUGACAGGUUGAGGAAGAAGCUGUCGGAGCAGGAGUCUCUUCUGCUGCUCACCUCCCCCAGUAUGGCCCUCAGAGUACACAACAGGAACGGCAAGGGUUACAUGUUUCUGAUGUCAUCAGACUACGAGCGCGCUGAGUGGAAGGAGACGAUCCAGGAACAGCAGAAGAAAUGCUUCAAGAGCUUCUCCCUGACCUCCAUGGAGCUACAGAUGUUGACCAACUCAUGUGUGAAGCUGCAGACUGUCCACCACAUCCCACUCACCAUCAACAAAGAAGGCCAAGAGGAUGAAUCCCCUGGCCUCCAUGGAUUCCUGAAUGUAAUCGUCCACUCAGCCUCGGGCCUCAAACAGAGCUUGAAUCUGUACUGCACGUUAGAGGUGGACUCCUUUGGCUACUUUGCGAACAAAGCCAAGACGCGGGUGUAUCGCUAUACCACAGAGCCCAAAUGGAACGAGGAGUUUGAGAUAGACCUGGAGGGCUCUCAGACCCUGAGGCUGCUGUGUUAUGAGAAGAGCUACAACAAGACCAAGCAGAACAAAGAGGACGGAGACAGCACCGACCGCAUCAUCGGCAAAGGACAGAUCCCGCUUGAUCCCCAGACGCUCCUAGGCAAAGACUGGCAGAGAACGGUCAUCCCCAUGACCGGGAUGGAGGUAAAGCUUUCUAUGAAGUUUACCAGCCGAGAGUUUAGUCUGAAGAGGAUGCCGUCACGGAAACCCAUGGGCGUGUUCGGAAUCAAGAUUUCCACAGUGACCAAACGGGAGCACUCCAAGGUGCCCUAUAUCGUCAGACAGUGUCUGGAGGAGAUUGAGCGGAGGGGGAUGGAGGAGGUGGGCAUCUACCGAGUCUCAGGGGUGGCUACAGACAUCCAGGUCCUGAAGGCUGCCUUUGACACCAACAACAAAGACGUGUCUGUGAUGAUGAGUGAGAUGGAUGUGAACGCCAUUGCCGGGACUCUGAAGCUGUACUUCAGAGAGCUGCCAGAACCCCUCUUCACUGACGACCUGUACCCCAACUUCGCAGGAGGCAUUGCCCUGUCUGACAGCGUUGCCAAAGAGAGCUGCAUGCUGAAUCUACUGCUGUCACUGCCAGAACCCAACCUGGUCACAUUCCUCUUCCUUCUGGAUCACUUGAAGAGGGUGGCUGACAAGGAGAGCAUCAACAAGAUGUCCCUCCACAACCUGGCCACGGUGUUUGGCCCCACCCUGCUGCGGCCUGCAGAGAAGGACAGCAAGAUCCCCACCAACCCCACGCAGCCUAUCAGCAUGGGAGACAGCUGGUCCCUGGAGGUCAUGUCACAGGUCCAGGUGUUGCUGUACUUCCUCCAGCUGGAGACCAUCCCCACGCCGGACAGUAAGCGUCAGAGCAUCCUCUUCUCCACCGAAGUGUAGUGUUCCACAGGUUCCCAUCAUGAUGACAAUGGGAGAGAGAGGCUGUGAUAGAGACGUCGACUCAAACUGAGUCUACAGUAUGUCCAUUUGGGAAGGCUACUGAGAGUGAGAAUGGCCUUUGCUGGACUGCAGCAGGAGAUGUAUUCUGCACUGAUUCUGGACAUAGCUUGCAGAGGGCGCCACCAUCCCUCUGAGAACAAGAGGGUGGACACCAAUCCUCUGUUGUACCACACAUAUCUGAUGAUGAUAACGCAUUAAUACAUCACACCCAAUAGCCAGUGUGACUCUUUGUGCCUCUCUGAUGCAUCAUAUCCUCCUCUUCUCGCUCUGUCUCUUCGCUCUCAUGUCGAAGCUCCACAGCUUGUGUACGGUGUACGGAAUGAAUGCCACUAUUGAACAUGCCUGCUGCAACCCUAAAUGAAACACUUCAAUUUGAGUCUGAUCAGCAUGUAGGGGAAAAGAGUGUCCAAGGUUUUUAUUUUUUUUGUUGCUAUUGGCUCCUGCUUUGUAGGCAGAAAAACAAGCAGGGCCUGCACAGCGUUUUGUUUAGCCUUUUCAAAUGUUGAGUUAUUUCUUAAUCCACUGCUGAAGAGAUUCCAGCCGUAUGUUUUACACAUGAUACAUUAGGACCACAAUGCUACGAGAGUUAUGUUGAAAAGGAACAUCUGGGUUCUCUGAAGACUUUUAAAGAGGAACAUCCAGAGCUGCCAGGAUCACCAGUCUAUUUGUGCGUCCCAGGAAUCCACCACUCACGACAACAACAAAGUGUUUACAAGGUAAACAAACCUUGGACAAAGGCAGAGACGAGGAGACUGCAACAAAGGCAUUUGUGAAAUAGGAACAGUUGACAGAAACAGAGUAUCUAUCAGUUAUAAUAAGACUGCCUACAGUUUGGACCAUAAAGCAAUUCCCUCUAUUUGUGUUCUUUGUGUUUCAAGUAGUCCUCAGCUUAAAUACCCAGGAAGCAAUAGAUUUUCUAACAUAGGAGUUUGUCUGCAUUCAUAUCCUUAGUCCGGGGAUGUCCUCAUGGUAACAUAGGAGAUCUUGCCAAAAUGAUCUGUUGUUUGGGAAAAAAUUAAACUAUUGUAUUUACAGAUACAGUACAGUAUGUACAUAAUGCUGUAAUUGUUGUAUUUGUUAUGAUUAUAAUUUAUGAAGAAAAAAUGGGGGGGUGGGGCAGAAAUCAAUGUUUUUUUUUCUAUGUGCUUGUUUUGAUUUGAUGAAGGUGGUAUAGGUUACAGACUUGAGUCCUGGAGGUCUGAGGUGAUGGGAGAUCAUAUGCUGCCUAUGUAACCAGGAUGUAGCCUUGUUGUGGGAAUAACUGCAGUUUUGUCCAGCCUAAUGUUAGCCAUGUAUCCAUCAUUAAGGUAACACUCCAUCUUUGAAUGCCAAUGUCCCAACCCCUCUUCAUCUGUUCGAGUGUUCUAGUCCCUAACCACCCACCCUGAAAUCUUGAUGUGUUACUGAAGUAGGAUACAAAACAGUACAUUUAGUUGUAUACAGAACAACAAUACCAUGUUUCUUCUCUACAAUUUACAAUAAUAACAUGUUCCCUUUCUACAACUUACAACAAUACCAUGUUUCCGCUCUACAGCUGUGUCGGUGGAGACAGUUAUUCUCAUGAAAAUGAAAAUAAUUCACCUGUUUCAAACAAGUUGCGCUAAAUUGUGGAUGCUUAGCCAAAGUGGACCAUUCUGUUGAUGUUAUGAAGGAAUACUUGUUUAUCCUCUUUUCAAUGAAAGUGACCCAUCUGUUUCUCACCCAUAUUUGUGAGGUUGGCUGGACAGCUGUCAUUAACUGUCCUCCACACCCUUCCUUAAGCUCUUCUCCCUCCUGGUCUGCCUCAUAGUAACCCACCAAAGGGCCAUGGAAAAGAAAAUGCUCUUAGAAUAUUUUGUUCAGAAGGAAAAAAGAGAAGAUUUAUAUUAGAAUGGUUUUAAUUUCAGUACCUGUAGGCAUGUUUGAUUCAAGUUAUUUUCAUCUGUGUGUUGUCAUAAACAUAUUGUUAUAUUGGGCAGCAGGAUGUUAGUGACCAACAAGUGUUUUGGUUUUGAUAAACCAAGCUUAAAAUAUGAUAUUUCAUUCUGGCUGGAUAAUUGUUAACAAGUAAUGUGUUUACUAACUCAGUCUGUACUACUGUCUGCACUACUGAGAUUUCAUGAAGAACUCUGACAUUUUGAAGUUAGCAGAGACAUUUCCGACAGUUUUGGGGUUGUACAUGCAACAUUUGUGCGCACACAUGCGUGAGUGAGUGAAUGAAAUAAUGGGAUGAUUUGCUGUAAAAAAAAAAAAAGUAGAAUUAAGACAUAACGUUUCAAAUCCGGACUUAUCCAUAUGCUAACAUAUCAACUAAAUCAGCUCCAGUUAAUAGCCAUAGUCAUAACUUUAGUAACACAUUUUGUCCUAAUAUAUCCUCACAUGUCCCAUACACACAACUGUACAAUGGAGGAAGCCAUGAGAGAGAAAGGCAGUGCAUUCACCAUUCAUUUAGAUCUCUUUGAUUUAUAUCAUUAGUGCUCAAUGUGACCUGCUCUGCUCCAUUGUGCCUCUGCGUCACAGCUUUUAUUCAGAACGUAUGCCGUGGAUUUCAAUGUGUCAGUGGAAUUGCUGUAAGGAGACUUACUGGGGUGCUGUAGUCUCCCUCGCCUUUUGAGAAAACAGACCUGUCCUUAAGGCACCUAUUUUGAGACCAAUACAUGAACGUAGAGUUUGGUAUCGCACUUCAUGGCACUAUUAGCCUGUGUGGGAGAUCUUGUCUGAAUAUUAUGAUACCAAGCUAAGCCCAAUUCAUGUUUGCAAUCAUAGGAGACAGACACACAGAUGCUUAGUCAAUAACCCUCACUCUGCCUUAGCUCUGUCAACAUUAGCGAAAUAACUCAUUUUCAGCUUUUCUGUUCCAGUUCUGUGUAAAAUGAAGUCUACUGUAUUUACGGAGCUGAAUACCCUCAUCUGAAGGAAAAAUAUAUUAGUAGUAGCAAAGUGGUAUCUAUACUUGUAGAAGGAGGACACUUUCAAAAUUCACUGUCAUGCUAUAUGACUCAUAUAUAGAUAAUAUCUCUCAAGGCUCUAUGCUAUGCUGUGUAUCGUUCAUUUGCAAGAUGUACUUUGUUUUUUCAAAUAACUGCCAAACAGUUUGUAACCAUCUGCUGUCCUAACUGUAACUACUGUAUGUAUCAACAUGUCACUAAUCCAAAACAUGAUCUAAUUUGGAGGGGCUUGCACUUACAGUUCCUUUUGGUUUUACUCCAGACUGCCCACUGUGAUGCUUUAGGACAUUUUCUGUGGUUUGGAGAGAAAAGAUUGCAAGGAAAGAUGAAGGUUAUUUGAGUUUAUAUAGGUUAGUCAUCUCUCUAACCUUGUCUUAUGGUUGUACAAUAUGUAUUGUAUGUAUCAUACUAGAGGCAUUGGGUUCUUAGGUUUAUUUAUUGUGAUGUUCAUCAAUACAUUUAGGAUUAAUCAUGUUAAUAAAACAGUUGAGUAAUUAGGCUUCAACUGAACGAGAACUUGGUUAUUGAUUGUCAGUGUGAUUCUUCACAGGGCUAGUCACUUACCCUGCCUCUUUCAUAACGAAGUCAUAUAUGUCAACAUAAGAUUAUUCUAAAUAUGUGUACUAUGUUUUAAAGUCUAAAAAUAUGGAAUAUAUUACUCUAUGUACGACUUUAGCAUUUCAGUGUAUGCAUACUGUAUGAUGAAUGAAUAUUCAUUCUUUCAGUCCUUGUAAGUUGACAUGAGCCUGGCAAUAGUUUAUUAUAAUUCACUCCCUUAUUAAACGUAUUUUAAAUGACCUGAAACCAUGUUUUGACAUCUUGGGAAUAUGUGUGUUUUAUUCCACAUUUUCUAGUUAACUGUGUGAAGCUAAAAUGAUGGUACUUGCUGGUCAUCCACAAAAAAAUACAUUUGACCUUUUUUCUGUUUUUCAAUUUAGAUUUAUUUCCUUCUGGUCAACAUACAUGUUAUGUCAUGAGUCUGUAAAAAGGGAUACUGUAGUCUGAGGAAAAUACAUGUUUGGAAGGCAUUGGCAGCCUCUGUACACAAAAUGUAUAAUAAAAUCAGUAUCUAUGUAAAAAAAAA